CGCGCCGUUGCCGCGGUGACGCCAGGACGCCGCCGGGGCCCGGCGAGGAAAUGGCGGCGGCCACGGAGCGGCCCGGCCCCGUGCACGCCCUGCCCCCGGGGAUCCGAGAGAUGUCUCGGGAGGAGACUGUGUGUAAAUACUGUGGCGUCAGCUAUUUGAUUCUUCAUGAAUUUAAGGUGAUGGAAGAAAAAGUAAAAGCAAUGGAAAAGCAGAUUGCAUUUUAUGAAGGAAGUAUAGAACGGGAAAAAAGACUUCAAGAAGAAUUGCAGUCUCUUUACCAAGACCUUGAACACUGUCGAGCUGACAGGGAAUCAAAAACAGAAAGAAUAACAAACCUAACAAAGGAACUAAAAACCAAACAAGAUGAAUUAAAAAAUGUGAAAGAAGAUUUGCGGUAUUUCCAAGAAGAAAAGGAAGCUGCCUAUAAGCAAUCACAAGUGCUCAGAAAUACAUUGGAACACCAUUGCUCAACUCUGAACAAGGCUGUCUCACUGUUUCCCUUUAUCAGAAGUGAACUAGAAAAUAUUAAAGAAGUCGUGUCCAGUAAUCUAGAGAACUGGGCUGCCCUGAAAGAAGAAAUUUUUGUCCAGAUAAAAACCGUUAGCAAAGAAGCUUUGACAGAAAUACCCAAAUUGAAUCAAAGGUUAGCAAAAUCCCAGAGAGAGAAUGAGUGCCUUCAGGAAAAGGUAAAACAUCUGACGCUGGUGGCCGACAUGGUUGAGCUGAAAACUCAACAGCUUCAAACUUCUCUUCAGCAAGGGAAUGAGCUACAAAGCAGGUGCCGUGAGCUACAAAAGGAAACAUUAGAUUUAACCAACCAAGUAGAGACAACCGGACUCAAGCUGCAGAAGGUAACAGCGGAAAUGGACCACUACAAAAAGCUGCUAAUGGUGAAAUCAACAGAACUCGAUGUCUGUCAAAAUGAACUGAAAAAAAUGAAAUACGAAAAUGGAAUUUCUGAGUCAAGACUUACAAAAGAGCUCAAGGAAAAGGAGGAAUCUCUACUGAUUUCCCAACAAGUAUGCAAACAUUUACAGGAAGAGGUGGCUGAGAAGGAGAGGAGAGAGGAAGAUCUAAAAAGAAGAACCAGCCGAUCAGAAAGUGAACUGGAAACACUUAAAGCUGUUCUUCGACAAAAAGAGGAGGAGGUGGUGAUGUUGAAGCAAGAAAGGGAGUUAAUGCUGAUUUCUCAUCAGAACAGAACAGAGCAGCUGCAGGAAACAUUAAGACAGAAGAUGUGGAAUGAAGAUAACUGGAGGGAGAAGAUGGAGAUUGAUCUGGCUAAAGGUGAAGCACGACACAAAGAAGCAAUUCUCAAAGUCAAGGAAGAAGCAAGAGUGGAACUAGACAUUGAAAGGCAAAAACAGCAAGAAUUGAUCACAAAAUAUCAGAGAGAUCACGAAGAGCUCCAGAAGAAGAUACCUGGAUUAAUAUCAAGUGCCACCAACAGCUUAAGGAUGGAGGCAGAAAUUCUUGAAAAGAAGCUACAAGAUGUCCAGAUCAAACUUGCAGAGAAAGAUGAAGAUAAAGAAAAGGAAGUUCAGGACCUUAAAAGAAUAAUUACUGAACUUGAAUUUCAGCUGGAGAUGGAAAAGAACAAUAAUGAAUCAUUUCUGGAUAAUAUGAGGAAAGAAAUUAAACACAAGUCAGAUGAACUGGAAAAAUUAACCCAGGAAAGGACACAGCUGAUUCAUAAUUUGAGUCAAGUUCAAGAGGAGAACACUCUUCUCCAGGAAACGGUGCGCAGAGAGUGCGAGGAACGCUAUGAGCUGACUGCAGCUUUGACUCAAGCCAGAGAACAAGUACUGGAGCUAAAAAAGCUCAGUGGAAACUUCCCGUUAUCGCCGUGUUCCCUGGCUCAGGGCAGCCUAACCUCCUCUGCUGCCCUGCUUGGUGAUUACGGACAGAAAAGCCGCCCGAGCCCCAGCUCCGGGAAGGAAAUCAAUCUCUCCGGACAGUUUGGUAUCUCCAGAGCCGCUAAGGCGCCCACCUCCAGUAAGCGUGGCGGCAGCGUGGCUUUGCCGGCCCUCAGCCCACCGCAUCCUCCCAGAGGCCGGGCGUCCUCCCUGAAUGAGCCCAGGAGCAGGAUUACUGCAGUAAUAAGGAGACAGCUGAGUCAGCUCUGACAGCUGCACGCACAUACGUAGCACACGGGGAAGUAUUUCAGUGCAUAAAUGUCCAUUUACUUGUGGACCCUGGGGUCAGAUAUUACUUGAUGCAAUUCAUGCAUUGCUACAGAUUAAAAUUAAGUUAUUAUAUAUUUUUGAUGCAAUAAUAUUUUUUUUGUCCAUUGAAUAUCAGUGUAAUUAAAUGCUAUCUACAUUUCGAGAUGAGAACAGUAUGAAGGAAAAAUAUUGCCUCUCCAAGAGAAGCGGGUCUUCAGUAGGUGUAAUUAAAAUAAUUGCCAAUUUCAAAUGCUGUUUUCCCUAAACCACUUUGUUGGAAUUUUCCUAUUUUGUAUGUUGUUCUAUGUAACUUCAUUGUCUGUUUCUGGUGUAAAAAUGUGUUUUGUUCCAGUAGAGUCAGGUAUUUGCAGUUGUUUAAUGGAGCAGUGGUGUACUUGCACGGACCAUGUUGGUCUGUGGGAGGCACUGGUGCUGGAGCACACAGCACUCAGUGCGGACACACAACAAGUCUGUGUGCUCACUGUGCUGACCAGUGGCAGGGACACACCUUCCCUACUGCUUCUGUGUACAAGUCUUCUCUCCAUGCUGGUUGACGAGGAGCCAAAGACUUCCUGGCAAAGCUUGUGGUGGUUGAUGUAAUCUGGAGUUCAGCACUCGAAUUUGGUAUUGAAGUGCUGGGAUGUUUACCUGCGGGCUGUGGAGAUGCACGCAGUGAUGCCUCUGUACUAAAAGCAAAGGCAGAGCACAGGUGGGGAAAGCAACCUGUCCCGUUUUAACCCUUGUAUAACAGAAUACCCCGUUCCACAUCGUACCACCCAUUGGUGCCAUGGUGCUGCUGGAGCCACGCACGCAGGACAGACCCCAGAUCUGGGCUCUGGGCCACUGCUUUAGUGCUUAGGUCCUGUAGCAGCGGCAGCUGUAAGGACUCACCGCGCAUUGAUAAACUGUAAGAAAGGAGUAGCACAUAAACUAAUGAGAGCAGCCACGGAAAUAAUGUUUCUAGCAGGAGGGAGAGCAUAAAUCAUGGGCCCAAACUAAGUCAGGAACAGAUAUUUCCCGUAUUUCCCCUACCUUACAGAAACCCAGGGCCCAUGCUGCUAAGCAAUAGACAAAGUAUGUUAGUAUCAGGAAGCCUUGUUCACCAGUGACAAGCUUUUAAAAAGAAAUUAAUUUCACGUAGUGAAAGAACGUUUACAAAGCAUCUCUUGCGACACAAUGAAACACAGCAGCGCAGAAUGCCACAGAGAAUGCAGACACCUAAUUAUAUCCCCACAUUUUCAGGAAAUAAAACUUCCUGGAGGUAAUACAUCUUGUAGAAGUGGUGUCAUUUAUGAAUGGGUUUUUCUUAUGCUGGACCUUGUACUCUAGGACUCACGGCACAAGGGAAUAAUGAAAAAAACAAACUUGGAACAAAUCUGUCUCUGUGGGAUCCUGACCCGCUGACUGCAGGAAGCAAGCCAUCCUUUCACUUCUCAAGGUUGCAAGAAAAUGUCCUACAGCAACGGGUUGUCUUGUUCUCUCCUAAUGCAAAGGCUUCUGUUUUCUUCCUGGACAGUGCUGAUAUUGUUGCCAGAUCGGGAGUAGAGCCCUAAAUCUUUCCACGAAGUACUAACCCCGCUAGUAGACUGCCCCUUUGCAUACCAGGUUAUCUAAUACACCAGCAUACCGUGUUACUACCACAUUUAUCCAAAUUUAUUUUUAGCCCGUAGUCAUAACUUCCAGAGUAGUUUCAAGCAUUUGGAGUCUGUGGGGGCCUCCGUCUGCCCUCCCUGCCGGGCCUGGUUCCUCUGGUCAGAAAAGCAAGGGUCAGCAAUAUUGGGCGGAUGCUUUAGAGAAGGCUUCGUGUAGGCAUCAAACAUCAAACGUAUUUUGGCCAACUGUCUCUUUUGGGGUGCAAAGCCAUCACUGCUAUGGGGAACCACCUGGCUCCUUGGGCAGCGUCAGAAGCCCCUGGUGUGUGGGAACCUUGGGAAGGCCAAACCUAACCCAAACGUUGAUGAGAAUUGGAGCCACGGCACCAAUGGCCAGGGCCAGGCCCCUGAUAUGAAGCACAUCAGGAGCACAGGCCGCAGGCCGGUGGGCAAGGAACGGCUCGGUCCCAGUGGGAAGCCUGGGCUCGGCCUGCCCCCACCGUGCUCCCUGCCUCACCUCGCUUGCUGGAGCAGCGAUCAAAUUUGAAGAUCAGGCUGUAUCUCAUUGUGGGUCACUACUUUUCCAUUAAGUUUGCCCCAAAUCUCUGCAUGCUUCACAGGUAGUAGUGCAGAGAGAGUCUAAUGCAGUGCUGGUGACACGGGGCUGUCUUGCCGCUGCUUUGACAGGAGGUGAAAUUUGUGCUUGCCAUAUGUAUUGAAGUGCUUGCCAUAUGUACCGUAGAUAUAAGUGCUUGCCAUAUGUAUCAGACAUAUUCCUAAUAUUACAAAAUAAAGCAGUGAUGUGCCUCAUGUAUUGGAAAUGAUAAAUAGACCUUUAACUGAGUGUGUGUGAUCUGGGAUCGCAGCCUGUGGCUUGCACAUGGAGUUUUUCCAUGAAAGAAUAAAGCAGACUUCAGAAAAAAUCAUCUUGUAUCUUAGCAGCAUUGAGAGUAUAUGAAAAUAGAAACCGAAGCCAGACCCCAUGCCAUAUAUCAUUGAAAUGUAUUAAUCAGAAUAAAACAUAGUCGUUUUUU